AUGCGAAUUCCCCAAACCUGGUGCACGGAUCAGCAAGCAGAACAUCACAAGUUAUCUGAACUAGUUAAUAAUGAAGCUGAAGCAGCCUCUCAGUCAACCCAAGCCACUUCUCUGUCUUCGCGAAUUCAAGAAGAGAAGGCUCUCGGUGCUCGUCUGAAUAGCUUACCACCAGAAGUCCUUUCUGAGAUCUUCUACUGGUGCGCACCUACAGCAGAUGAUCAAGAAUCAUGCGAUCCACACAUGGCGCUCAGGCUCAGUCAUGUCUGCAAACACUGGCGAGAAGUUACCUUGCACUCUCCCAAGCUCUGGACGUACACGAAAAUAAAGAUAAUACAAGAAUCAAUCGAGCCAGCUCUUGAACUUAUGACAAUUUAUCUGGAACGAUCAAAGUCUCGGGCAAUCUUCAUUGAUUUUGACUUUGUCGAUGUUUGGUCGUAUUAUAGGUCUGUACUUGACUUGUUUGAGCUACUUGUGAACAAGGCGAGGGAGUAUAGACCUCCGGAGUCUAUUGCGGACUCGUUCCUCGCAACACAUUUAGAAGCGUCUAGUACUGAAGAACGGCCAACACGCGAAGAGUGGUAUUUCUGGUCUGCACGGCCUGAGGCGUCGUCACAGACUCUUGAAGACAACACUGUGUCAGAUAUGCAACUCGCCAACACACCUGCUCGAAAUUCACCCACGGAGUCCUUGGUAACGCUCCGUGCUCUGCGUAUUGCAGUGGGCUCAUUCGUGCUCGAGCCGUAUCUCUCUUGGUCAUCGUCACUUACGUUCCUUAUACUCAAGGACAUGCAUGACUUUACGAACCUCUCUGUCUCAGAAGCCAUGCGUAUCCUCUCUUCGUUCCCGCUCCUCGUACACUGCAGCAUUCAUAUCGACUACGAAUCCGUCGAACACCAAGCGUUCGAACCGAACAGCAUCCAACUCCAGUUUCUCCAAAGCUUCAGCAUGUCAUGGUUAGAUUGGAUUGAUGCAGGACCAUUACUCGACGCGCUCCAUGCGCCUUCGUUGCGCGAACUUGAACUAACAGGUCGACUGCCCGAAGUAGAGGGUGGAGGUGAAUGGAGACACUUGGUACAGUUCCUCCAGCAGAACAAAUCACCAAUCUCGCAUCUCAUAUUCGAGUCGAUUGACUGCUUCCAUAUUGACUUCCUUUCCGCACUUGCUUUCACUCCUACAUUGGAAGGCCUCUGGCUCGAAGACUGCUUAUUGGACGAUACGAUCAUUCGUGGUCUUGUUCCCGUGCUAGGUCCGAAUGGUUUGAAGUCGCUCGUGUUAUUGGAAUGCUAUGCGUUCGAUAUCGAGGUUCUCGCCAGGGUACUGAAAGAUAGCGAACAAGCGGGAAGUGUACCAGUGAAGGUAUACGUUGAUGGAGUUGGCGAUUUGGCUCCCAAGCAUAUGUCGAUGAUCCGGGAGAUGGGGUUAGAUAAUUUGGAGAUCGGACCAUCGAGUACGCCUGUUGACCUUGACACGACGGAGAUAGAAGAGCAGAUGGAGAGUCGCGUAGAGGUUGUAGAGGAUGCGUAG